AAAUCCAUAUCAAUACGCGCCAGAAAUGCAAACAUGCCAUGUUAUCUAAUACGCCUCUCAAACGAGCUCUUGGCUGAAAUUGCAAGCUAUCUCAGCCCUAGAGACCUCAGAGUGGUUAUAAAACUCAACAAAAAGGUGUACUACGCAAUCAGGCAUCUAUUGUACCGUUCGCUUCACGAGCAACUCCACUUCCAGGUUAAUCUAAUUCCACUCGCGCGAACACUCAUGGAAAACCCGGACUUUGGUAGCCACGUGCGAUAUAUGCGUCUCGGACCUGCAUUUGUCGUCGAGACCCUGAAUACUGCCAAACAAGCCCUCUUGAAAACAGCAGUAGAGUCUAUGGGUAUCCCUCCAUGGCAGAAACUGACGGCUACUCUAAGAGAGGGUACAAAACGGCGUGUGUCCCGAGACCUUCUGGUCGCUUGCCUCCUCAUCUACACGCCCAACAUCAUCUGCCUCAAGAUUUCCAAGGAUAUAGAUUACGGAACAAAACCAUCGUUGGAGUGGCUGGAUGUGAUGCGCUGGUCCGUCACCAGGCCUGGUCGUAUGCACUCUUUUGCACACCUUCGUUUUCUGCGCAUGGAUAUGAAGCAUUCCAUCUCUAUUCACCAAUUAGGGCCUGUUCUUGCCCUUCCCUCGCUUCUGGAUCUUAAAGCAAAAGGCAUUCGUAUCAGAACUCGCGAGGAGGAAGAAGCCACGAGGCUUGCGCGACGCGAAUUUCCUCGAGGCACUUGCCCUAUUGAGCGACUUCAAUUGAGCUCACUUUCAGUAACCGGCGAAAUGGCCGACAUCCUAUUCGGGAGCUUCAUUGCGCUGAAGAAAUUAAAAGUGGAACGUCUCUGUACGCUAAGGGAAUGGGACGAGGCCGGCAUCAGAACAUUGACGUACCCCGGCCUUGUGAGGUGUCUGCACCAAUCGAAAGCAACACUGGAAGCUCUAUGCAUCUUUUCCGGUCAUGAAGACCACUUUAUGCACAGAAAUUUGCAAGGGUGUUUAGGAGACAUGCUUCAUAGUUUCCCGAACCUUGAGCGAGUCGAGGUUCCUUUGAAAGCGAUGAUUGAUGUGUCGGGGUUAGACGUCGACGACGCCGUCAAGCUAGUAGACGAUUUGGAUGUACUCUGGCCACUGAAACUCAAGAUUUUCACCUUGGACGCAUGUGGUCUACCCGACGAACACAAAGAUCGCUACUGUCGUCGACUAGUUGAGUUCAUUGAAAACUUAUCAGCCCGUCGGCCAAAGCCUUUUCCUUCUUUCGAAGAGUUCAGAAUACGUGGGUUCGACGAAGGAAUAUUAGGUCUCAGGGAAACUGAAAGUGAUGAAGAUGAGUUGGGAGUGUGGGGUAACCCUGAGGAUUCCUCGAGCGAAGCCGAGUCUUGGUCUGAGGAGUGGGAAGAUAUAGAAGAAGAAGACGACGACGACGACGACGACGACGAAGAAGAAGACGAAAAACAAGACGAAGACGGAAAAUACGAAAAAUACGAAAAAAAAGUCGAAGACGAAGAAGAAUGGGAUGAAUCAGAAGAAGAAGACCCUUUUCCGGACAUACCAGGUGUAUCUAUCUUCAGCAAUAGGUGGGGAGUCCAAAAUGUAAGCCGACUCUUUGGCCGAUGAAGAAGUCCCCAUCGACGCCACCCAGC